GAAGAAACUCGGCCCUUUGUGUGCUGGAGGUUCAGCCAACAUAGACACAGAGAGAUAUUUCUGCUGUUUGUAGCUUCUGAUCUUCACCCAUUUCCACUCUGACACACACCUCAAACUCACACACACACACACACACACACACACACACGCUGCUGCACACAUACAGGAGUGGAUGACAUGCUCUGGGUUGCGUGCGUAAGUGUGUGUGUCUGAGCGUGUGUGUGUGUGUCUGUGUGUGUGUGCAUGAUGAGAGCGGACGUCAGAGCAGCCCAUGAAUAUUGAUGUGGAGGACCGUCUCUUUCAUCGAGGACAGAAGGAAGCAAGAUGGCGGCCCUGUAGGACCUGGUUAGGAUCUAGAACGCUUUCACGGCACACGGAGGGAGCGAGGGGAAAGAAGGAAGCAGAGACGGCAGCCUUGUGAAUGGACUCAGAGCAGGCCAGAUGGAAACAGAACAAGUCAGGCAUGAGACGGAAGAAAGUCUGAUACACGCACAGCUUAGUGCCACCAACCAGGUACCUGCAAAGCUGCAGAAUGGGAACCAGUCACCUGACACCAGCCCUCAGCAACUUAACGGGGAUGUCAGUUGGAGCAAUUUCAAGGCAAUGAAACGACACCGAGACGACUGUUCCAGCCCAGUCACCAUGUAUGAUCAGGGCCUGUAUAAGAUAAAUGGUGAGGUGAAGCAUGCACUAAACGAACAGUCAUCAGUAGCCCUUCACCAGCCCAAAAAGCUCUGCGUUAAUUCUGAGACAACUGGUCCAUGGGAAAAUAAUAAGAUAGAUACAGAAGGAUGUUUAGACACAAUCCCUGAGCUGAGUAAGCCUGUACCAGACACAGGAAACUGUAAUUAUCCUAAUGGGGACAUUUUCUCAUUAUCGAGGAACAAGCAGAUGCCAAUGCCCAAUGGUGCUACAGUAACUCCACCUACAGUGGAAGGUCCUGCUUGUGACCUCUUAGAGAAAACUCAGUCUCAGUAUUACCCAAACCAUGUGUCCACAACACAAGGCACCAGCAAUCUACAUGACCAGGCCAUCUCUUCACCUUCAGUUACCUCAGGUUUCCCUACUUUGGCUCAGAUGCCUGCAUCUGAGCGACUUGCCAGGACACCAUCAGAAGUGCAUGGCAGCAAUGGCUUUGACCCAGAGUUUAUGGUGAAUGGGUACUCUGGAAAUUUUGGAACAGAGCAGAAGCAUCAGUCUUACCCUCUCGCUGACCUCCCAGCUUUGGAAAAUCAACCGCAAAGUGAUUUAGGAAAAGGGCCAGGAAUUGCCUCAACAGUGAGCAUCGGUGACGGUUCACAAGCUCAAAAUGGCAGGGAGUGUUUUGCCAGCAGCCCAGUCGGUUUAAGCAUGUUCUCCAAGUCGAGGCAGGAUUUCAGUCAGGAGUCUUAUCCGAUGCCAGCACAGGCUGAAGUUGCUGGCACAUUCGGUUCAUUCAAGAACUCAGUCACUAAUCAGAAGCCCAGCACUCUUACAGGCCAACAGCACUUACAAUAUGGGAUGCAACAGCACCAGUCGGAGGUUUCCUGCCCAGCUGAUAGCAGUGCCCAGGGCAAUAGAGUCUCUGCUCCUCCUGUGGAAAUUCAGGCAGCUCUAAAAAAUCAAUGUAAUGAGCUGGAACACAAACCUCCUCUCCCAGACCAGGGAGGUAAUGUGGCUUCUGACACUCAGAUGGGUUGGAUCAAGGUGAACUCUACUCCAAGUCCAACUUCACAGCACCAUGCCAACCAGGCACACAUUUGGAAGGGUUUCCCUCCAAAUGAGAACACAGCCAGACAGAGCCAGGGUGAUCUUGUUAAUCCUGACACCUCACAUAGCUUUCAGAUACAGCCAAGCUUCCCCCAACAGCAGGAGAGUCACAUGCAAAAUGGCUAUAAGCUUCCUGCACAGCCUAAUGCUGCCCCAGAGUGCCAUCCUCGAACACCUAAAGCACCCUCUGAUAUUCACACCCAGCCGAACAUACAGCUCAACAAUGUCCAGCCCCAACAGCAUGCAAAUGAGCAGUUUUUUGUCCCAGUGCAACAAGAGCAAUUAUGCAAAAAUGAUCAAAACCUAGGGCAUGUACUACCUCCUGACUUUGUGCAGCGGGGACUUUCACAGCCUCACCAGCAAUAUGAAGCCCACAAGCAACAAGCCAGUACCAUCAUGCAUCAUGAUGCACAGGGUGCCAAAAUGGCAUCACAGUUACAGAACCCAUCUCAGGGUCAGGUGAAUUCCCAAUUCCCAAACAGACACACAAUGGAAGCCUACACACAGGCAGAAAUAUCAUCUCCAACAUACAGGCAACCUAAAACAACAAGUAAAGUGCAGAAUGGAUCCAAUCCAUCUACGCAACUGACCCUCCCUUUUCCUGAUCAGCCUCGGCCCAACUCGCAGCCUUCACCUAAUGACAUGACGUCUGUGUUUUGCUUUGGAGGUGGUGCAGAGAUGCAAAAGCAGCCACAGAGACAGUACACUCCAUCUCUAAGUGCCCAACAUUCCCUGCAGCUUGUCAAACACAUGCUGCCCAGAAAUGUGGACUUUCAGCACUCACAAUAUGAACAAAUGCAACUUCAGCUACCAGAUGGUACCCACGGUAGACAGAUGCCAGCCCAGAUGUUUCCCAAAGCUGAAUCACGGGACUCCUGUUUCCAAUUCCAGAGAGGACCCCUUUCAAGCCCGGGUUCACAAGGGGACUUCCAGAGGCAUGCAGCCCUGCGAAUGCAUCUCCUACAAAAGAAGGAAAGGCCAUUCUGUCCCCAGAGCCCCGACAAGAUCAGACCUGACCUGCAGCUUGUUAAACGUGAGAAUGACCCAAGAUUUGAGGCCCCAAUCCUAAUGCCACCCCGUCAAAUCCAGCAUCAGGAUCGAGACCUGACUGGAAGCAUGCUAGCAACAGUAAAACAGGAACAGACAUCUUCAACCUGCACGCAUAGCCAGCAUAAGAGCAUCCUGGCUACCAUGGAGCAGCAGUUACAACAGUUCCAGCCUUCCCCUGUGUUUGAGAGGAGGUCUCUAGCCAUCAAGUCCCCCAAUAAAGUGAAGGUGGAGAUGGCUGGAGGCGUGGCAGUGAUUUCUACCAAUAUUGAAGGACGUAGUGAGGACCCGUGUAAACCUCCUGCUUCUACUCCCAAAAAAGAGCCAGGGCUGCAGUGUUUUCUGGAUUCACCCAUGAAAUUGCUGGAUACGCCCAUCAAAAACCUGCUGGAUACACCGCUUAAGGCUCAAUAUGAGAUUGCACCAUGUCAUUGUGUUGAGCAAAUCAGUGAAAAGGAUGAAGGCCCAUAUUACACUCAUGUGGGAGCAGCUCCAAAUAUCAAGGGCAUCCGAGAAAUGAUGGAGAAGAGGUCUGGCCUGACUGGCAGUGCUAUUAGGAUUGAGAAAGUGGUGUAUACAGGCAAGGAGGGCAAGAGCACACAGGGUUGCCCCAUUGCUAAAUGGGUAAUACGUCGAGCCAAUGUGGAUGAGAAGCUCCUGGUGGUGGUACGAGAGCGGGCCGGUCACACUUGUGAAACAUCGUGCAUUGUGGUAGUAAUCAUGAUAUGGGAGGGAAUACCAACGACCCUGGCUGACCGUCUCUACAUGGAACUUAGUGAGACACUGACGAAGCAUGGUGCCCUGACUAAUCGUAGAUGUGCACUCAAUGAAGAGAGGACAUGUGCAUGUCAGGGUCGAGACCCUGAUGCCUGUGGGGCUUCCUUCUCCUUUGGUUGCUCCUGGAGUAUGUAUUACAAUGGCUGCAAGUUUGCCAGGAGUAAAAUCCCAAGGAAAUUCAAACUGCUUGGUGAUGAUCCCAAAGAGGAAGAGAUGCUGGAGAAGAAUUUUCAGGCCCUUGCUACUUUGAUAGCUCCAGUGUAUAAGAAAAUGGCACCUGAGGCUUAUAACAACCAGGUGGACCAUGAACACAGAGCUCCAGACUGCCGCCUGGGCCUCAAAGAAGGCCGUCCAUUUUCCGGAGUCACAGCAUGUCUAGACUUCUGUGCCCAUGCCCACAGAGAUCUCCACAACAUGGCGGGAGGUAGUACUGUGGUCUGUACACUAACACGAGAGGACAAUCGUGAGAUCGGAAAGAUCCCUGAUGAUGAGCAACUGCAUGUGCUACCAUUGUACAAGCCUUCAUCCACUGAUGAGUUUGGUAGUGCUGAGGCCCAGCUGGAAAAAACAAAGACUGGAGCCAUCCAGGUGCUAAGCACGUUCCGGCGGCAGGUCCGUAUGCUAGCAGAGCCAGCUAAGUCCUGCCGUCAGAGGAAACUAGAAGGCAAGAAAGGUGGAGCUAACAAAUCCGCUCACCCCAGCACACCCAACUCCAAGGCAGACAGCACCCAACAAGCAAAGCAACACAAACAAAGCUCUUGUGACAAUGUGGGCCAGAACACACCUGCAGCAGGUGCACAUCUGAAUCACAUGGGUGCAUCCCUUGUGCCUGGUCAGAACCCUCUAGCUGCCCAAAUCCAGCCUCAACAGCUGAACCAGCAGUCACAGCCCAGCACUCCUCUGCCUUUUUCCAGUCCAACAUCCUCUGCUAACUACCCAAGGUACCCAGGAUCCUUCCCUAGCCCUUCUAAACCCCCAAAUAUGUUUCCUCAGUCUCCCAGCUCAGCCAGCCCUUAUCAUUCUCCUUUACCAGUCCCCAAUUCCUACAUAAAUGGGUCAAAUUCACCAAGCCCUUACCCUGGGGUACUAACUCCCAACACCCUCUAUUCGGGUUACCAGUGUAAUGGGGGUAUUGCCAUGGACAAUUAUCACCCUUACUAUUCCAAUCCAAAGCAUCUGGACAUGUACAGACAACAAAGACCAUCUCUGUACCCUGAUCAACAAUUCAACCCUCAGCAGCACUAUGGCAUGAAUUACCCUCCACGCUAUGGCGAGCCAGGCCUACCCGUCAAUGGAUAUGGCAACUGUAACAUGAGACCAAGCAUGCACCCCAUGGGACACUAUCCAGGAUACAGCUCAAAUGGGGGACCCAGUGCCCAGUUUCUGGACGCUAUCUCCAGACCUCCUUUAACUCACCCAAGCCUGGACUAUGCAGCUGCAAAUAAAUGUAGUCAGUUUGGUAGAUACCCUAAUCCCUACCUGGCCCAAAAUCACCAUUUGUUCCCCCAAAAUAUGGACCCCCUAAGUAUGCAAAAGCCAGAGAUGAGCCUCCCUGGGGCAAAUGGUUUCACUCAGGUGCUUCCUUCUGUAGGCAGGGAAGUCAUGAACCCCAGCCAACAUCCAGGUAUGAGUUUGCCUAAUGGAAACAUCCCACCCUCUAUGGUCAAGCAAGAGCCAGGAAUUGCAAUGCCUGUACCUCAAGAGGAGGAGGAUGUGUGGUCAGACAAUGAGCACAACUUUCUGGAUCCAGAGAUUGGUGGUGUAGCAGUCGCACCCAGCCAUGGCUCAAUUCUCAUCGAGUGUGCAAAGCGCGAGUUGCAUGCAACCACGCCACUCAAAAAGCCUGAUCGCACCCACCCUACUCGAAUCUCACUAGUCUUCUACCAGCACAAGAACCUGAAUGAGGCGAAGCAUGGGUUAGCGUUAUGGGAGGCCAAGAUGGCAGAAAAAGCACGGGAGAAGGAGGAGGAUGCCGAGAAGCAUGGCACAGAUGGGACACCCAGCAAGAGUGGUGGCAAGAGGGUCAAGAAGGAACAUACAGAACCUUCUGAGCCUUCAGAGCCACCAUGCAAGCGUUUUGUCCAGAUGCUCGCUGAAAGGUCAUUGUCCUUCACCACCAACACUUAUGUCAGCUCAGCUCCCUAUGCCUUUACUAAGGUCACUGGGCCUUAUAGCCACUUCCUAUAGGGAUCUGCUUAGGUUUACAUCAUCCUCAGACAGGGGAACAAAGUGUCGGAAUUGUGAAAUGGUGCUAAAAUAUUGCUUUUCAGACCUCAGUGCCACUGGCUGUAUUAACCUAGAGACCUACAGAAGCUGCUGUGAGGCAAGCAAAGACUCCACACUAGGGGGAAAAUGCAAAAUGUACAAUAGAUCAACAAGAGGUAAAAAGGUUAAGCUUUACUGGUUGACCCUCAUGAAAAAAAUAUUUAUUUAUUGCAUUGUUACUCGCACUGUUCUUCUUCUUUGGUGCUUCAGAACAUCUGGAUGUCCAUUACUGGAAAUAUCUUUAAUGGCUUUAAUUUUACAGUUUUCACAACCUAAAGGUAAAAUCCUGGUGUAAAACACUGAUUGGUGGCUAAUCAUGUUCACGGUGCUAAGCGAAGAGCGUUUUGAAUAUACACUUUUUUGGUUUAAAAAAAAAAAACUUUGUUAGCAUGUUACCUCUAAAGUACUAAGCAAUUACUUUCAUGAUUGGUAGCAAUUACAGGAACUUUUUUAGUUAGUGUUUUUUUAAAGCACUUUUAAUUAUGAGGGUGUGAUAGGUUCAUCCUCUGGUAAUUAUUUUCAGGAUUUCAUUCAAUUUCAGAAAUCAAGAAAAUCAUGCAAAAUUAUUAUUAUUAUUAUUAUUAUUAUUAUUAUUAUUAUUAUUAAUUUUUACAUUUUAGAAGAGCAUAUAUUCACCUGGUGCUUUUAAGGUUUCACAGCCCACUAUAUGUGUUUUAUAUUUACUGUAUAUUGAGCCAUUUUCAAGAUGAAUUUUUGUUACCGUGAUUUUUUUUAAAGCACAGGAACAGGCGAAAGAAUCCUGCAACGCAAAGGUCCGCUGUGAGUUUUAGAAACGUAUGCAUCGGGUUUGGGUUUUUGUCUUUUUACAGUUUCAUCAUGUCCUUAUUUAACAGGGUUAGCGCCACCUUUUGGUCAUUUUCAGUUUCUAAGGCAGCUGGCUUGCUGUACAGGGGAUCCUUUAAUAACUGUAAUCUAGAUGUAUCAAACAAAAGGUGAGAUUUGUACAGUAAAUUAAUUCCUCUCUUUUUUUUCUAAAAUGAUUUUAGAUUUUAGUACUGUAAAAGAGAGUUAAAUUUCUUGUGGGUUAUUUGUAAAAUGGUGCUACUUAUAGACCUGCUAUAAAUGUAUAAUGUGAGAAUCUCUAUGGGUGGUGAGAAGGUUUAUGAAUGAUGUACAGAACCUAUUUGUCAUAUACCUCAAAACAUUUUUGGCAAUAGGAUUACUAUACCAAGGUGUCUUCAUUUUCUUUUUCCCAUUUUUUCCUUCUGUAUUCGAAACUGCGUAUUUCACAGACAUUUAGAUCAGCGCAACGCUUUUCUCACUUGCUUUCAUCACACUUGAUCUACUCAAAAGCGUUACUUGAACUUCAAGCUUCAAAUUUCUAUAUUAAAAAAAGAAAAGAAAAUCAGGGAUAUUUCAGCUAAUUUCACACAUCAACUGUGUCGUCUCUUCUCGUUCAGGGAUUAAUUAAUCCUGAAUCCCGAGUAUACAGCUGAAACACACACAAAAAAAACUAACUUUUUAAAAUAAAUAAUUAAUUAAUUAAAUACUGAUUUAGCAUUUUUUUGUACUUAUGUUUUAGUCAAUAGUUUGUAGAAGUACAAUAAUAUGCACUGAGUUGACUAAAGGGAAAGUAUGGCUCUGUUAAAUACGUUUCUUCCCCCCUGAAAUUCCCAAUUAACAAAUUCAGACACACAUCCUCGGUUCACGUGUAUAUACGUAAAAAGCGUAUAAAUUAUUUAUAACCACUAAACAUGUAUUUUAAUGCAUUUUAUCUCCCGCUCUCAAAGUUAAAUGUGACCAGGGCAAGAAUCAUUUUUCGGAAAGCACUUGAAUUAUUUUUCAGAAUAUUCUGAAUUUAAAUGAAAAACAAACAAAUGAAACAAACAAACAAACAAAACAAGGUCACUGUUAUAAAAUUAAGCAAGUUGUAUAUACGAUGUCUUCAAUACAAAAAGCACAAAUGCUUUUUGAAUUAUUGUUUAUUUUAAACCCAGAUACUUUUUUCCAGAAUAUGGUUUAAUUAACCGGUAGCAGUAAGCAGGUUUAACCCUUUCAGCCACAAACACAUAUUUAUUAGCUGCAGAUGAUUUAUUUAAUAACACAUCCUGGGAGAAACCGUGCGUGAUAUAGGUCAGGGGUAUUCAACUAAAAAAGGUCCAGUUACAUAUGACCUGAUAAUAAGGUAAUUGUAAUGUAAAAGCAAGUAUUUUCUCAAAGACUGUGGAAAUGAUCAUCAAUAUAAAUGUUAAAAGUAGUAACGGUCAGGGUGUGAUGAGCUAAUUCAUUUACAUAAAUACACAAGAUGAUGGAUCUGAUACAGAAGCAGCACUAGUUCAUGAUUUGAAAGACGAGUAUCUCUGAACUUCAGCUAUUUUAAAUGUUUAUCAGCUCUCCUGAAGCACUUUUUCAAGCACUUGGUUCAGUCCAUUGCGAUGCCUGAUGACGCUCGAUCUACCAGUGCGGUCCACUGGGAUUAUUUUUUUCAUUUAAAACUAGAAAUAAAGCUAAAUUUCUUGAAUGUUUCAAAACAAAGAAAGUAAAUGUUGAAUAUCUUGAAUAUUUAAUAUUCUGCACUCUUUCUAGCUCCCUAUUUAAACAUAAGAAAGUGUGAUAUUGACCAUGCUAAGUACAAAAGAUCAAAUUUUCUUCAUGUCUAAUCUCUUCUACUGAAGCGUGUGAUCAGACGACACUCAGAUGGAUUUGAUAUAAAAUUGAUCAUAAGGUUUUAUGCAAACUUUUAGCAGAGUCCGUGCAGCUUGAGUGCAAAAAAAAAAUGUAAAAAACGGGACAUAGGAAAUACUAAGAAACUCUGAAAUUCGUAUAAAAAUUAGCAAAUUCUGCUUUUCACUCAAGUCGUUGCUGAGAUUAUCAUUUAUAAUGAAAACGUUUGUUAGAAAAGAAUGAAAACAGGAAGCAUUAUCAGUAGCACUCUCAGACUUUUGGACCCCGGUGUGUGGGGACGUUUCAUCACGAUCAUUACGCCUUGUUUGUUUUAGGAAAAUUUGGUAACAGUAGUUCCACCUGCUUUAUGUAUACAAUUACCCUUCUACUGGUAUUUUAAUCACCAUUCUGUUAUUUGAUAUUUUAUCUGCAAUACAAAUCAGACAUGAGCAGAGAAACCAAACCCAUGUGUGAUAAAAUUCCUGGUUUAAGAAACAAACAUGGCUGAAAGGGUUAAACAUCACGCAGACGAUCAAAGCCUUCACGGUUAAUAAACAAUAUAACGCUCCCUAUGCAGGGUCCCUACUCCUGAGUGGAUUAGAUGUAGAGGUAGUAUCCACGGUAACGAUACAGUGUGUUGAAUAUUUCACACAACACACUAUACACUGCAGGGUUCUGCAUAGAACCUUUAACCCGUUUUCCCAGACGGACUAACAGAAGAACCUUCUCUGACUCCGAUGGAGAGAUCUGCAGCACCUGAGUCUUCUGUAGAUGAGCGACUAGUUUUGUAAAUAAAUGUUAGAUUUCUCAGUGUACAGAAUCCAGCCUGAUUAGCAGGAUGAUAGGAGAGAAGAAUGAAAUGAUAAAAUGUUAAUUAGGUGAUUGAUUAGCGGGUGAAAAGCAUAGCCAUACUUGAAGACAUGCUUGUUUUGUGUUGUUUGCGUUGCGAGUCAACUUUACUUGAAGGACUUUCAUACUUUCUGGUUUGCGGAGUGCGCUACGCUAGCAUGUGUUGGGUUUUUUUUUUGUUGUUGUUUUUUUUUUUUAAAGUAGACACUAAAUGGGUUACAUUUUUUUUAAAGAUUUGUCUCUGUCCUGUUUCCUUGUUUCCUAAAAGUUUGGUAUGCUUCAAAAUUAAGGAUGGAUAUGAAUACUGUAAGUAUUGUAAUGUACUGAAGUACUGAAUGCAGUUUAUUUGAAAGCUGUUUAUUAUAUCAUUCCUGAUGUUGCCGAGAUGUGGGUGUUUUUAAUAAAAUUUAUAUUUAUUUCCUGCAUUUAAAA